UAUUAAAAGAUGUAAUCUAUUUUAUUCAAAUUUUAUUAGUUUUUCAACUCUGAUUUGUAAUUUUAAAAAACUAUAAAUUUAUGCAAUAGUGAUAAGGUAUACCAGUGAUAAUACAGAGUAAACGUAAAUAUUUUACAUAUUCUCGAUUUCGUAGUUAUCACUAACAAAUUAACACUUAAAAUACGUAAAGCAGUACUUAACUAAUCUACUUCUACUUGCUAAUAAGAAAAUAACGCAACAGCUUUCUUAUCUGUUUUAACUAAUUGCGUAUAAGAAGAAUGGACAUACAUAAUUGUAUCUAAUCCAAUAUUAUUUACAUUGAUGUAAUCAAGACAAUUUCAUCAUUUACUGUGUUCUUUAGAAGACGCGAGAUAAAUUAUGCCAAUUAAGUCUUUACAAAUAGUAUUGCGAGAUAAAAAUUAUAAUGACAAAUUAAAGAAUUUGUAUUACAAUAGAGUUAUUCUAAUACUACUCCAGUCUCUGUGCUAUCCUGUGCAAAAUGGAAUUUCUAAUUGGAGGAACAGCCGCUAUGGGUGCAUGCAUAUUCACGAACCCUUUGGAAGUAUUAAAAACAAGGCUACAGCUACAGGGUGAAUUAAAAGAAAAAGGUACACACGCAGUGCAUUAUAAAAAUGUUUUUCAUGCCGGUUACGUGGUUGUAAAGAACGAUGGUAUCCUUGCCCUUCAAAAAGGGCUAGUUCCUGCUCUAGCUGUUCAGUUGGUAUUAAAUGGAGCGAGAUUAGGUUGUUACGGGGUAGCUGAUACAUAUGGAUACUUAAGGGAUAAACAGGGAAAAACAAUAUUCAUACAGAGUGUUGUCAUAACUGGCUGUGGUGCUGUCCUAGGACAGGUCUUAUCUAGUCCCUUCUUUCUGGUAAAGACUCAUUUACAGUCGCAAGCGACACAAACUAUAGCGGUUGGACAUCAGCAUAAUCAUGAAGGAACAUUCAAGGCAUUAGCAAACAUUUAUAGAAAAAAUGGGGUCAGAGGUCUAUACAGAGGUGCUUUGGCAUCAGUGCCAAGAGCAUUUGUAGGGGGUUCAAGUCAAUUAGUUUCAUUCGAUUAUGCCAAAAGAUUCAUCGAGUACGCGGGAAUCACCGAAAAUUUCCUAUUAAAAUCAUUUCUAGGCAGUAUGGUCGGAGGGGUUGUUAUAAGUGUGGCAAUGACGCCGUUUGAUCUUAUUCUAACAAGACUGUAUAAUCAACCUAUUGAUUCAAAUGGGAAAGGUAUACUCUACAAUGGUUACUUGGACUGUGUCACGAAAAUUUACAAAUCAGAAGGACUGCUAGCUUUCUACAAAGGCCUUGGCCCGAUGUACUUAAGAUUAGGGCCCCAUACUGUGCUGUGUUUAGUGUUCUGGGAUCAACUAAGAUCUCUAUAUAACAAAUAUUUCUUACAGGACCAAAUCAGUAGCAAAGUUGACAAGCUGGCAUAGUUAUGAGCGUUUUUAUUUUUUGUAAAAGGGCUGUAAUAGUAUAUUGUUUUAUUAGGAGUAAAAAUUACUGCUGUACGUUUGACAGGCGAGGCACAAAAAGGACGUUUUUAUUCCGAAUAGAACAUGAUCUAUUUUUUUUCAAACGUCACAAAUAAUAUAAAAAGUACCUUAUAAGUAAUAAUUAUGUAUAUAUCGAGCAACAAUUGUUGGAUUCAACAUUUAUUUAAUGUCAGUUUAAUAAUAUAUUUUCAUACUUUUGUGCUUAUGCGUAAAAGUGCUUUAAUUUUAUGCCUAGACGUUAAAAUGACCUUUUUAUAUUAUCACGUGGCAGAAAUUAAUACUUUUGUGACGUUUCAAAAAAAAAUUAUCUCGUUUAAAAUUCUCUGUUUUUUUCUACCUUAAUCAGUACAAAUAACUAACAGUUACUGUGAUAUUUUAACUAAAGAGAUGUUUAUUGAGUUAUAAUUUAGUAUUGUAUCUGAUGAUAUUUUAUUGUGCAUAAUUGAGAUUUUAUUUUUAAAAUACAUAUGGCAUUAUUAUUAUUAAAAGGA